CCUUCACGCCCAGACCAUGUGACCGACGAACACCUCCCGUCCUCUCCACUUCGCGCCAGGACUCUGUGUAUUCCACCGACGAUACAGCAACCAUGGCGUCCAGCAAAGCCGUCAUCCCCGUUCUCGUAGGCAUGAUGCUGUUGACCGGUGUGUGCAACACGUUGCUCACCAAGUACCAAGACAUGCAAUGCGUCGCCGACUGCGACUCCGCCCACCCCAAGACCUUCGAGCAGCCCGUCAUUCAGACCUUACAGAUGUUCGUGGGCGAGUCCGGAUGCUGGCUCGUCGUGUUCCUAUCCUUCCUCUUCCGCCGCAUCCGAGGAAAGAGCUCGUCUGAACAAGAUGUAGCCUAUCGCCCACUCGGCACAGGGGAUAGCGAGGAGGCGAUACUAGACGACGAGGAUGAGCGCGUGGUGCCUGAUCUCUCCGAGUCGCAGACACUGAUAGACCCGACGAACGUGGUGGCCAAGCCCGUGCCCGAAGAAGCGAUCAUGGCCGGGGAGAGGAGGCCCCUGACGGGAUGGAAGGUCACUCUGCUGGCGCUGCCGGCCAUCUGUGAUAUUUGUGGCACCACACUCAUGAACGCCGGCCUCUUGUUUGUCGCGGCUUCCAUCUACCAAAUGACGCGUGGAGCCCUGGUGCUCUUUGUUGGCCUCCUCAGCGUGAUAUUCUUGAAGCGAUACUUGGGUCUUUGGAAGUGGGUCAGCUUGUUCGUGGUGGUGCUGGGAGUGGCUAUUGUCGGCUUGGCGGGCGCUUUGGCAAAUAAGGCGGAGGUGCCGGGUGAUACGCGGCCAGACGACGGGAGCAUGCUCUUCGUGCGUCAAGCAUUGAUGCUGGCCAGAGAUACGAUUUCGACCCUGGCGGAGCCAACGGCCGCACAGACAAUCAUCGGAGUCUUUAUGAUUGCCGGCGCGCAGAUCUUCACGGCGUCGCAGUUUGUCAUCGAGGAGAGUCUCAUGGGCACCUACUCCAUGGAUCCCAUCCACGUCGUCGGCUGGGAAGGGCUGUUCGGCUUCACGAUCACGCUGAUUGGCAUGGGAGUGCUGCACGCGGCCAUCGGAACCGGCUACUUCAAUGCCACCGAAGCCUUCCACCAAGUGUUUACGAACAGAGCCAUUGGCACGACAUCACUGCUGAUCAUGCUAUCGAUUGGCGGCUUCAACUUCUUCGGCUUGUCCGUCACUCGCUCCCUUUCCGCCACCUCGCGCAGCACCAUCGACACCUGCCGCACCCUCUUCAUCUGGAUCGUAAGUCUCGGCCUGGGCUGGGAGACAUUCAAAUGGUUGCAAGUCGUCGGCUUCGCCCUGCUCGUCUGGGGCACCGGCGUGUUCAACGAGAUCUUGAGCCCUCCGAGUCUCGCGUGGUUGCGCAGGAAACGCAGACGAGACGAGUCGUUUGCACGUCUCGAAGAGGAUUAGAACCUCGCUUCCCAAACGUGCACAUGUCGCAGCGUUCGCAGUGAAGAAUAGCAUCAUCAGUCAUGAAGUUCCAUCAUCAAAGCCCAUGAGCCUUACAAUACUCCCUAUGCAUCAAAUCCGCCAGUCCCAUCCCCAUCACCACCUCCAGCACAGGAACAGGAUAAUUCACCGACCUCGCACGGAAAACAAACGUCCGCGCAAUCCACACCCCAACCCCAAUCCACCCUCCCACUUCCACAUGCC